GAAAGCAGCGCUUAAAACAAACCAUUUUUGAUAAACAGUUUGCAAUCAAUUUGUUUUCGGUAUCCGUUGGCAACCAAUCAACACAUUUGUCGAUCAAAACAAACGUUUGAUUCAAACAAUUACUGUCAAAACAAUUGUCUUUUUUAUCGUCAACAACGACAACAAUGUCUUCACCAACUGAUCCCAAUCGGGAUGAAAUGGCACUGAAAGCCAAAUCAGACGUUAUGUUUGACAAAACUAGCGAUUAUCUGAAGGCAGAGCUCGACUUGACUUUGGAUGACUAUAAACUUUUGGAGCAAAUGAAUAAUGCGACGACUAAUAAGUACAAAGAGAUGACAACGGCGACGGAAAAGUUGGCCAAAACAGUGGAUCAGAUGAACGACAAAUAUAAGACAUUAUUGCCAAACCUAUCUUUGAUUGACACUAUUGAACAAAAGGUGCAGAAACUGGAGGACAUGGCCUACGCUAUCGAUGCCUACUCUAAACGAUUGGAAUCCAAGUUUAAACAAUUGGAGAAAAAAUAAUAAGCCAUUCAUCGAUUAGAGGAU